AUAAGUCCAAAUCUCAUAACCCAAACCACGAUAGUUAAGCAGACUCACUCUUCAUAGGAGAGUCUUGGUAAAGCUUGCCAUAUGAAACAGAGCUCGCAACUCAUUUCGCCACUUCCGCCAUGAAUUUUGAAUGAGAGCUUAAACGGGAAAACUAUGGCGUCUCGGUUCUCAUAUUUCCAGCUGCACAGACGCCUCUAUACAACAACCACCGAUCAAUGGAGUAUCAAGCAAGUUCGCAAUUCCAACUUCCAUAGCUGCUUGGGGGACCUGAAGAACCACAUCUCCGAUUCCGACUUCAUCGCACUUUCUCUUCAGAGAACGGGUUCUUCUUCUUUCCCUUGGCACCGCCCUCAGCCCUUCGACACUCUCGAUACCGCUUAUUGCAAGGCCAAGUACGCCGCCGAGAAGUUUCAGAUUCUUCAGUUUUCUCUCUGUCCUUUCUCUGUUAGGGAUUCCAAGCUAAUCGCCCAUCCGUACAACUUUCAUUUGUUCCCCAGAGAUGAACUGAACAUUGGGAUGCCAUCUUACAGUUUUUCAUGUCAAGUUUCACAUCUAACAUCCAUAGCUCGUGAAGGUUUUGACUUUGGUGCUUGGGUAUAUGAUGGCAUAUCAUAUUUAUCCAGAGCUCAAGAGUCUAUAGCAAAAGCUCAAAUGGGCUGUCAAACUCUAACACCUAAUACUGACGCUGUGAAAUCUUCUUCUGAACCGUCAGUUUUUGAUACCAUUUUUGUUCAACGGGUUAAAUCACGUGUAAAGAACUGGAAAGAUGCAUAUGAUUCAAGCUCAAAAACAAAUGACGCAUUGCUAAGUACGUUGAAAAAGCUCAUAGUCGGUAUUGAGCAGUAUGGAUCAAGACCAUCUAUUGUUAUAGAUGUUUAUAGCGAACGGCAAACUCUACUUGCAUUAGAGCUGUUGAAGGAAUUUUCUGAUGACGUGGUUCCUGUAGUAAUUUCAGCGAAGAGUGGAGGAACUCAAGCAAUUCGUGCCAUUUUGACAAGCUCAAAAGAAGACAAGAUUCUGCUUGAGAAGGAGCUUCAAAAUCUUGAAGACGAAGAAAACAAGAAAUUUCGUGGUUUUCGAGAGGUGAUAGAGAUGAUUUCUGCUUCACAGAAGCCUAUUGUCUCCUACAGUUCUCUUCAUGAUUUUACAUUUAUUCAUUCUAAAUUCCUUGCUCCCCUGCCUACUAGCAUAGAUGAGUUUGCUUCUUCCUUGCAUUUGGUUUUCCCACGAGUGCUUGAGGUAAAGCAUUUGAUGAGCAAGAUUGGUGGCCUCAGUAAGCCGAUGAGUAUAGCCGCAGCUCUUUCUUACUUGAAAAAACAUUAUUAUGCACCUACUUACUUGGAUAUCCCAAUUGAAGCUCCAGGAAAUGAUCACAAGCCUCAGGGGCAUAAUGCUAUACGGUUAUGCCAUUUGUUUGCCAAAGUCUGCUCUCUACUUAAAAUUGAUCUCAGUGGUGUCCAAUCCAACAACAACGAAUGUUUGGCCUCGAUGCUCGAAAAGUGUUCAAAUGUUUCUUCUUCAUUCUCCCCUUACCACCACGAACCCAAGGAUGAGGACGUUAAGAUCUGGGCACGGGAUGUUAGAAAAGCAAGUUGUAGGCAUUUGGUUUUCUUGUGGGGAUUUAGAGAAGGGAUGACUGCUCCGUUGCUAAAAGCUUCACUUGAAGGAUCCCAUGAAGUUUUCUGUGAAGAGUUUUAUGUUCGAUUUGUGGACAAGAAAUGUGCCAUCAUCGUUUUCUCACAGCCAGGCCUAUCCGAGACCUUCCUUGAUGCAAUAAAUAGUGACUGCAUUGUUGGAUCUUUAAGAGAGAUGGUAUCAGAAGGGCUAAGAGCAACAGGUUAUGAAACUUACAAGAGAAUGUGUAGGUUUGAUUUAUGGGAAGCAGAUUUAGCUGAGUCUUUAGAGAGAGCCAUUUUUGAAGCCGACCCCGAAACCGCUCAGUUAGACAUCAAUUACUCUAAUGAUACCGUCAUUAGUUUGGAUGAUCUUUGAAAGACAUGAUUGAUUGAUAUUUGGCAUCCAUGAUAAAACUUUUUAAGUUUUGGUUCAUUCCUUACAGCAAGCCUUAAAACUUUAUGACGAUGGAAUAUUUUUCUUUCCAUUGUUUUGUACAUACUGUUGGCCAUUUUAGGGCUCUUGCUUGUUGUUUUAAACAGUUUAGAUCACCAAAUUCAUGAAUUAGGUGAGAGAUGAUUUCCAUUUGGUAA